AUCAACCACAGGCAUUAUUCACCCUUCACAACCCAACCAAAACAGACACUCGCCAACCCAGUAUCAAUAUGCCUUCUCCCCGUAACAUUCUCAUCGGCCUUUUGGCUGCCUCACUUUCAUCCACCGUCGUAGCCGAGCAUCUUCGCGUUGUUUGGUCACAAGGCGACUUCUCAACCAUCUCCGGACCCAGCGGCGGAAGCCAAAGCGGUCACAGCUCCGGCUUCACAAUCCUCAAAGACGACGGCACUGCCAUUUACAGCAAGGCAUAUCCCGCCGACCACUCUCCCUGCUACAACACCGGCGAUGGACGCGAGUUCACUUUCGGCGGAGAUUGCUGGACCAAAGAGCGCAAGUUCCGCUGCAAGUCCUCGUUUGCUGGUGACCCCGAGUCAUGCGAGGUCAAGGACCAGGAUGGAAACAGUCUUGGUACUGGAGAGGGCAAGACUGACACAACCUUCAUUGGCAUCGCUAUCGCGCAAGACUCUGCGUGUGUUGUUGAGUUCAAUACUGAUGAUGAUGAGGAUUGCCCAAAGGAUGAGGACAACAACCUGGGUGUUAGAUCUGGUUAGGUGUCAUCAGUCGGUGAGGGGAAAGGUUAGGUAGUAGUGAGGGCAUUGGAGUGUAACGCUGUUUUGUGUAAUGUAUGUUCCUCGCCUUCUUGGAUCUCUCAAUCUGAUAGAUCAAGUAGAGUCAAAUGAUUUGAGCCUCUUAUCUUCUACAGGGUUCAG